AUGGAGUCGAUACAACAACAGCUUGAGUCUGCGAGCCCUAAAAAGCGAAAACCACACGAACAGAGACAAUCGCGAGUAGCUGUACAUGUCCCAGCGAGACGAAGAGAUUAUAUACCCGGGACGGGACCAGCACUGCAGCCCAUAAGCUUGCUCCCACCACAAGACUCAACAGCUUAUAUCCUCGAGAGAAUUAUACUGCCCUCGCCCGGUCUAGCUGCAGAUGGACACCCUCUACCGAGACGAAUGACAUAUAUCGUCGCGUGGCAUGAUCUUCCUGCGGCGCAACUGCUAGUUCCUGCCAUGGACAUUCUGGAAUACGUCUCCCCGCGGGCGUUGGAAGAGUGGGAAUUCGCAAACACCGAGGAACAGAUGGAACAGGAGACCGAGAAGGAAGAGACCCAAACUGGCGAUGCGCCUAAACCCAGAAGACGCGGAAGACCGCCUAAACACAGCAAGAUAGAAACUGCUGUUGUUGCGGUACCGGAUGAUGACGACAAUGCUGUACAGAGAGGAGCUAUGACGAUAGCUACACCAACGAAGAACAGACUAAAAGACUUUGAGGGAUUAUCGGAUGAAGAUGCGACUCCAGCGGUGCAAUUGCAGUGGGAAACAACUGGAGAGUCAGCUAGCACUGACGAUCAAGGUGUAUAUGGCGGAGAUUCGGAUGGCUUUGGGAGUACACGCGCUGGUGUGCAAACUGAUCAGCUGCGCGAUUCUGGAUCUCAGUAUCAAGAAUCGAAACAGAAUCACCCUCCUGUUAUACAAAUUGACUCUUCCUCGUCCUCGGCGUCCUCAUCUCGUCAAAGUACGCCGAAAGUAAAGGCUAUCAAGUCAACGUCCAAGGAGAAAGGAAAAGCAGACAAACCUAAGAAGAAAACAGCGACAAAUGGUGUUUUGAACGGUUUCCAGGCCACAGAGUCAACUUCGGAAUCAGUUUGGUCGCCACAAGAGACAGUUACGUACUCAAAUUCAGGCGUUGAGACACCUGAUCCUGAACCAAGCGCUGUCACAGCAAGGCUUGUUGAGGAAGCUGCCUCAAUGCAGAAGAAGAAAUCCUCGAAAAAGUCGAAAUCUGAAAAGCAAUCCAAGUCGGAGUCGAGGGCACCAAAAGCCUCACAGCCACCUCCUCAGCAGGAUCCCUCGCAUAGUACAGAGCAACCUGAAGAACCGGAUGAAUUGGAUGAGCUGGAGGAGCCAGACUGGGAAGUCAAGCGUAUCGAAGGCAUGGAAAUGUACGAAGCCGAAGGAGGAGAUCUUGUGCGCUACUUCAAAGUUCGCUGGGAGGGAGACUGGCCCCCAGACCAGAAUCCAACCUGGGAGCCUGAAAGUAAUCUCCCGAAUGAACUUGUCCGAAGGUAUCUCAAGAACCGCAAGAGGAAACGCCCUGAAGCAGGGAAACGCACUGGAGGCGAGAAACCACAAAAGCCUGCUGCGGCUACACAACCCCCUGUAGCGCCCUCAUAUAAGUCUAGGAAGUCUAUGAAGCAGACGACGUUAUCAUGGGGUAUUCCAGCGAAGCAAUUCAAGAGCGUUACCGAGGCUUUUGAAGGGCUCGAGGAGGACGAGCUUACCAUGCCACAGUACAAUGAAGCACCAAUUCAAGAGCAAGAGGAAGAUGAAGAUGAUCUUUUCAUCGUCGAAGAACCGCCUACCAAGAAGAGUCGGGUCUAG